GUAUGUGACUAUGUCACGAUCCACUGGAGAGGAGGGGGUGUAAGAAAGUCAAGUGUGACAGUUUGUGACAUGGGGGUCAGGGGUUCAGGCCAUGUGUGACAUCACACAUUUGAAAAAUACAAAUGUAUAUUAUUUCUUUUUUGUUACGUUCCUCAAAGAAGACAAAAACACUAUGCGACUUCACUGAGGUGAAGAAGUCGUAUGGGAUGCACCUUCUAGAUGUCAUCAGUAACACACGUGAUACCACAGUCCUUUGUGACUGAUGGUCAGAUAAUUAACUUAGUGACCCCUACUGUAACACUUCAGUCUGUAGCACAAGAUGGGUCGGUUGUGCGCUUAAGUGAGUCAGUCCAGUUGGUACAACCCAUGUUUACACCAUCUACAGUGCAGUCCAUCCAGCCAUUACUUUCAGAUCCAAACUUGGACAGGGAUAAAAAUGCCAUUUACAACCAUCCCCUGUUCCCACUCAUGGCCCUUCUCUUUGAGAAGUGCGAGCAGGCGUCUAAUGUGUCAGAGGUUGCGUCCCCUGACUCGAUCAACGAGGACGUGCAGGUGUUCCUCAUGCACAAACAGAAAGACAACACCGGCCUGUUGUCGGGAAAUGCAGACGUGGAUAACUUGAUGAUAAAAGCUAUCCAGGUGCUCAGAAUUCACCUACUGGAACUAGAGAAAGUGAAUGAACUGUGCAAAGACUUCUGUCAAAGGUACACAAGCUGCCUGAAGGGCAAACUGCAGAGUGAAAACCUGUUGAGAACAGAGUCGGAUUACGACCAGUCAAUGUUUGACGAGCCCCCAAAGGAGGAAAAUAUGCAACCAGUCCAGACGCUGACGUCAUCAACGGCAGGGGGCAGUGUCAUUCUGCAGCAACCCUUCCAGACCACAAUGGCUGCGAUGCCCACGCUGGGUCCGGGCCAAAUACUCUCGGGUGGCACCAUUUACCAGAUGGUGAACACCCCACAGGGCCUUGUAGCCCAGCCAGUUCAGGUUUAUCCAUUUCAGAUCCAGCCCACUUUCACAUCUCUCAGUCCUGGGGGUCAGCUGAUACAUGGCAGCACGCCCCUGUCACAAAUCGGGGUUACCGUGCCGACCAGUCUUGUGUCUUCGUCUGCUCAUCAUACUACUAGUGCUUUGACCAAUCUGAGCGGCCUGGAUUCGGAUGAUGAAGACAACGGCAAGAACAAGAAGAGCAAGCGAGGGGUUCUACCCAAGGCGGCAACUCAGAUCAUGAAGACCUGGCUCUUCCAGCACAUCGUGCACCCUUACCCCACAGAAGAUGAGAAGAAAGUGAUCGCUCAACAGACCAACCUUACUCUUCUCCAAGUGAACAACUGGUUUAUCAAUGCUCGACGGCGAAUUCUACAACCCAUGUUAGAGGCUGGCAACCCAGACCAGUCGAAAACAAAGAAGCCAAAACCCCAGACCAAACCUCCCCAAAGGUUCUGGCCUUUUGGAACGACGUCUUCAGCUUCGAGCUUGACCUCCGGUCAGAAGACCGUGACAGCAUCCCCUGGCAGCUACUCAUCCACACUUGUUGUGCCCACAGGGCCAUUGAUCACAGCUGAUGGUCAGAUUGUUAGUUUCCAAGGAAUUAACUUCUCAGGCAUUCUGGGCGAUAUCAAACCGUCGUAUCUCACGUCUGACGAAACAAAAGACUCUAGUGACACAAACAACAACAGUCAUAGUACAGACAAUGAUUCAAAUGAGAAUGACAAAUCAUGACAGUCUGUAUUUACAUGCAUUCAAACUAUAUGUUGACAUUUCAUCAUGUUCAUUUAUAUUUAUUCAUUUAAAUGGAUAUUUUUGUCCAUUAAAUGAGUAUGGUACAAACGAUGAUCCCAGUCAAAUUAUUCUUACAUUAUUGCAGGAUUUGUUUUUUAAUCCAAAAAAAUGUUUUAAACUAAUUUACAGGAUGAAUAUUUAAUAAACAUCUGUGUUUUCAUUGAGUGUGGCUCAAAUAUGAUGUGUGCUUAGUUUCUUACUGAAAUUCAGUGUUUUGUGGCUAUGAUUUAAAAGCAAUAAAUUAACCCUUUCCCACUCAGAAGCAAAGUUAAAAUGGCUAUGUGCAAACAGCAUAAAACCAGAACAGCCUGCGAGUAACACGCAGUCUGUUCAGUUUUAUGCUGUUUGCCACUCAUCAGUAUCUAAGAGUUGGAAAUGAAGCCUUUAAAAUUUGAAUCUAGUAAGAAGUCAUUAUUUAAAUUUAACUUUCUAAGGCACUACAAAUGUGUCCAAAUAUGUAAGUGGUAAAGCGUAAAUCAGUCUAUUUAAAAUUCUCAGUUCAAAAUUAAGGAAAAUAUAGAACAAAAUGUCUUUGAUGAUUGUACUUCAUGUAGAGUUAGAGACAUUGUAACACAUCAAUAUAAAGAUAUUGAUGUGAUCAAUUGGAACAUUAUACUUGUUAUUUUGCUCUUUACAUGCUAAACUUUAUCUUUACACAAACUUUUUUGCUUAAAGGGUAAAUUUAUUACGAUUUAAUGUUACCAUGCUGAAGAGUUAUAAACAAAACAUUAAUGUGCUAUAUUUGUGCUGUGAUUGGGAAAAACUUUUGUAUGAGAACAUGGUAGUUCUAUCAUUUUUAUGCUCUCCCCAAAUUUUUUUGGGGGGAGCAUAUAGUCGCCUAUUUGUCUGUCCGUGUGUGUGUCUGUCUGUCUGUCCAUCCGUGCACAAUUUUUGUUCGGGCUAUUUCUCAGCAAUUAAUGACCGGAAUUCAAUUAAACUUUAUGGGAAGCUUCACUACCAAGAGGAGAUGUGCAUAAAAUCAGCCGGUUCUGGUCGGAUGAUUUUUCACAGAGUUAUGGCCCUUUGAAAUUUUCCAUUAACUGUACAUAUAGUGCAAUUCUUGUCCCCCCAACUACUGACUGGAAUUAAAUGAAGCUUUAUGGGAAGCUUAACUACCUUGAGGAGAUGCGCAUGUUAUUUGUGGGUUCUGGUUAGAUGAUUUAUUGAGAGAGUUAUGGCCCUUUGAAAUUGUUAAGUUGCUAAACCAUCCAUCGUAUUAUUUUGUCCAAAGUUAUGCCCCUCAAGACGUUUCCUUUUAUCUGAAUAUAUAGAGCAAUAUUGUGACAAAAAAAACUUUGGGGAGCAUCACCCGUCUCCGACGGUUUCUUGUUAUUUAUUAUGUUAAUCCAGAUUGUAAAUGUAACUAAUGCGACAAAAGCUAUUGAGGCUUAUGCAAGUUUGUCUCUUUCACUUCAAUGUGUACUAAGAUUAAUGAGUAUCUGGAUUUUGAUGUAAGUACAUGGCUUGUGUUUUGCUAUGAUUUUGCAAAUAUCCAAUGCCCUUCUUAAUUAGUUAUGAUGUUGUCAUACUAGUAUUGGAGAUGGUCUUAAGUGUAAUAUGCCUUUUUGAUUUUUUAUAUGCUAUUGUAUAUUCUAUGCAGGUAUAUAUAUUUGUUUUGUGUCAAAUUUACAAUAAGUGUGUGGAACUCUAAAAAGAGAAUUUGUAAAAAUCUUGUGCAAUAAUAUUUUAAACUUUUUCAGACAAAGUCUGUUCUUAUGCGUAACAUUACCUUUUAUCUUAUCCUACUAUUGUUUGAAGCUGUAUGUUUUGUAAUUUUGAAAGGUUAGUUGUCUUUGUUGCAGGUUAGUGUUGAAAUAUUUGUAACUACUUUUAGUGCCCUACCGGUUUUAUGGGAGGUAAUUAUCAGUUCAGCCUCUGUCUGUGUCUGUUCAUCGCAAAAAAUCUUUAUCACGCUUUUAAUUAAAAGUAAUAAAGCCGGGUUGAUCAAAUUUGGUACUAGUAUUGUGGAUUAGGGGCCAUAUGUGGAUUUAUAGUAAUAUGCAUUUUAUAUCAGUUUCUAUGACUAUUUGGCCUUCUGUAUGUCUGUCUGAAAUUUUUUUAUUUGCAGUUACUCUAAAAAACAAGAGAUAUAUUCACGAAACUAUAUUUGAAGUUACAGUGUCAAAUGGGGAAUAUGCACAUUUUUUUUUUGUCUGACAAACAUUUGUUUGCAAUGAUUUUAGAAAUACAUGUAAUUGAAAACUGUUAUCUGGAUCAUGUGCUACCUAAAAAAGCACUGAGGCAGGAUGUUGAAACUGGGUUUAAAAUACAAAUUUCUGAUUGCUAUGGUAUUCAAAAUCUGGAUUCUGUGCUUAUUAAAAAAGUACUGAGGCAAGUGAAGGAAACUGGGUUUAAAAUCCAUAUUUGUGGUUUCUAUGGUUAAACAAAUAAUUGAAAAAUGAAAUUGUGAUCCUGCCAUUACUUAAUCGAUGAAUUGAUAAAAUUAUUGAGACAAUGCUCUUACUCCAACCGCAUUAAUCAGGUAGAAGUUUUGCUUGUGACAAAAGCUCGUUUUAAAUUUGUUAAAUAAAUAUUUUUAAAUUUUUAUCAAUGAAGCAUUUGUAUCGUUACUAUUUUUGCUUUAAUUAAGAUCAUAGAAAGUUAUGUCAAGUGUUAUUGAAUAAUUCCAUCAAGUUGUCUAACUAUUAGAAAAGAAUGCUUAUAUCAAUUGCAUUUGUCAUUUAAUUUUAUUAAAUGAAAGUUUAAUGGAGUGCCUUAUGUUUAUAUUUAAUGGAUAUAUUUAACAUCACCAAAAUGUGAUGGACUUGAUUAAGCAGAUAUGUACCGGUAUUUAAAUUGCUGUGCUUUACAUAGUGAAUACAUGUAUAUGAAUAUAUUGGAUUCUAAUUGAAAGUCACACGGAAUUUCUGCAAGUUUGUCUUCAGUGUUGAACAUUUGAUUUGAUGUAAAAAGAACACAAGGCCAAUAAUUUUAUUACAACUUUUAACCCAGUUAUGACAUAUAAUAUAUGUUUUGUUUUUAAUACUAGUACUUGUAUGUACAAUCACGGAGCGUAUAUCUCAUCUAGAGUCCGUGGUACAAUGAAAAGCUGUUAAGCUUUUGUUUUUAAUACUAGUAAUUGUAUGUACAAUGAAAAGCUGUUAAACUUUGAUAUUUACGGUAUAUGUGUUAGUGUUGUGGUAUCUGUUUUAUUGCUAUGCAAUAAUACAACUUUGUUAUGCAUUGGUUGGGAGGGUAUUUGAAACAAAAAUAUAUAUAUACAACUGUAA